AUGUCCUACUCUCUAACCCAACAGCUUCUCGUCUCAGACGAGCAAGCUUACAAGCGAGCUACCCAGUCUGAGUUCCUCAAGCUCGCAGGUCACGGUAAAGCAUCAAAAGAGCUUCUUGGUCGCUGGCUUGCAAACGAUCGUCUCUACAUCCACAGCUACUGUCGUGGUCUAGGCCGUCUUCUCAGUUUUCUCGAGUAUCCUGAUACCGUGCAACCUAAUGUCGAUCCCGGAGCUACAACAAAGCUUCUAGACUGGAUCGUCGCAGCUCUCGUCAACAUCCGCCGAGAAGAAAAGUUCUUUAUCAACACAGCAGCAGAAUACGGGAUCAAUGUUAAUCUCGAGACUGGACAAGAUGGUCGUGUUGCCUCGAGUACCAAGCUAGAAGGCCUUCGACGCUGGGAAGCUCUGUACGCUUCUGUGGCUCCCAACGAGAAGGAAGAGCUUCCCUGGCUUGAAGCUGCGGUGAUUUACUGGGGAACGGAAAAGUGUUACCUCGAUGCUUGGUCGUGGGCUAAGGCGCAGCUGUCUGAUGAUGAUGGGAGUAAUGAUGCUGAUGGUGGGGCUGUGAGGAAGGAGUUUAUCAACAACUGGACGUGUAAGGAGUUUGUUGAGUUUGUGGAUGAGCUUGGGAGGAUUAUUGAUGAUGCUGUGAACAAGCUUGUCCAAGAGAAGGGUGAGGAUGUUAAGGGGAAGCUGUUCAAGAGGGUUGAGGGGAAGUGGCAUGAUGUUCUGGAGGCCGAGGAGGCAUUCUGGCCAGCCGUCUAA